AUGGCCGAUACCCUGCCGGCCAGGAGGAAGGGGAGGAGGGCCAAGGCCCCUCAGCCGCCGGCCCAGCGGAGCGGCUCGGGCACCGUGUCCGAGCGGAUCCUGGAGGCGGUGGCGGGCAGCAAGCAGGGGCGUCGCGGCCUCUCGCUGGCCGCCCUCAAGAAGAUGCUGUCGGGCAGCGGCUACGACGUGGCCGCCAACAAGUGGCGGCUCAAGCAGGCGGUCCGGAGCCUGGUCAGCAAAGGCUCCCUGGUCCAGACCUCGGGCAGCGGCGCCUCGGGCUCCUUCAAACUCAGCAGCAAAGGGCAGAAGGAGGAGGCCACCCGGGCGGAGGAGAAGCCGAGGGUGAGGCCCCCCGGCCGGCAGAGGGGCCGGAAAGCCGCGGCCAAGAGGCCCAAGAGGAGGGUCGCCCCCAGGAAGAUGGGGAGGGGGGCGAAGGGGAGCCGCAAAGCCAGAAGCCCCAAGGGGAGGAAGGCGGCCCGGAGCCCCGGGAAGGGCGGGCGCCAGCGGGCAAAGCCCAGGAAACUGGCCCAACCCCCGGAGGAAGAGGGCAAAGCUCCGGCCCCGGAGGAAAUCUCCGCCUCUGAGGAAACCAGCCAAACCUGUUCGGAGAUUCAGGGCAAAAACUGA